AUGGCGUCACUUCAUUCCAUCCGUCUAAGGGUGUUUUGUUCGUCGUGUGUAUGGUCGGACAUGUGCUGCGUCCGUGUGAAAUCGUCUCUUACUAAACGAGCGAACAAGAAGGACUCUUUGCGAGCUUCACCUGGUUUCAAGGUGCUUCGGAUGGACAUGUCGUACUACCAUGGCUGUCGUCUGGUCGUUUGUUCUCCGCUUCCGUCUCCGAUUCUGUCGUCAGUUUCGAUUCGUCCAACCUCGUUCGUCAUAACAACAGCAAUCGAUCUUUCAAUAGUCUACGUUGAUGCCAGAGCGGAGGAAAUGUUCCGUGAAAGCUUGAACCGCACUGCUUCGAGUCUCAAAGGAGUUUCAUUCUAUUCAAUCGUUCACGUUGAUGAUGCCGAUGUCGUCCGUAAAAUGCACACUGAAGCUGAGCUAAUCGGCUAUUUUGCAGUGUUCAAACUCGAGUCGUACCGCCCUGUAAUCUACCGUAUGCUCAUGGUUCCCGGGCAGCACUCAUUCUACGUUGAGUCCAACGUCUUCCGCUACACCUCGCAGUCAAACAAAGCCAUCGUCGACACUAUCACGAUUGUAUCGAGCAUUUUAUGA